GCUGUUACUCUUACUCGUUAGGUUAUGUUUUAUUUUAUGUUGUUAUGAAAUGAAUAAUUCGAUUUAUAAGUGUUAAUUGAAAAAAAUAUAUCCAUGUUGAGGUACAUGUGAGGAUCUGCUUUCAAUCGAAAUGACUGGGGAGCUGGCAGCCCACUCUUUUCGAAGCACCUUCAAGGUGAUUGACAAAGAUUUGCUGAGAUGGUUCCCAGGGCACAUGGGAAAAGGCCUGAAGCAAAUGCAAUUCAAAUUGAGGUCUGUAGACUGUGUCAUUGAAGUCCACGACGCAAGGAUUCCUAUAUCUGGUAGAAACGCAGACUUCAAAUAUUCUAUUAGUGGUGUCAAACCCCACAUCCUAGUGUUGAACAAGGUCGAUUUGAUAGAGGAAGCUUUCAUACCCAAGAUACAAAAGCGAUUGAGAAGUGAACAUGAGAACAUUGUUUUCACACAUUGCAGGAAUCAGCAGUGUCUUGGCUUGAAGAAACUAUUUCCUCUGGCACAGGAACUGAUCAAUAAAUCUGAUAGGUACAACCGUUCAAGUGAAGAGGACUAUAACAUCAUGAUAAUUGGUGUGCCCAACGUGGGCAAAUCUUCUUUGAUAAAUGUGCUGCGAGCCAAACAUUUGGGCAGAGGUAAUGCUACUCUUGUGGGGGCAAUUCCUGGAGUUACAAGGAGUGUGUUGCACAAGAUAAAGAUGUGUGAGAAACCCUUGAUCUAUAUGUUGGAUACUCCAGGAAUCUUGACCCCUGAUAUUGCCAGCAUUGAAACUGGACUGAAAUUAGCUGUAUGUGCAACUAUAGCAGAUCAUCUAGUUGGAGAGAAAAUUAUUGCAGAUUAUCUACUAUACUGGUUGAACAAACAUGAACAUUUUAAUUAUGUUAAUUUUUUCAAGAUGGAAAAACCCUUGGACAAUAUUUUGGAAGUGUUAUCUCAUAUCAGUAAAAUUCAUAAUAGGACAUUGAAAAUCAGAGAUUUUCAUAAUAAUUAUGUUAUUAGGCCUAAUUUAGAUGCAGCUGCAACAUUAAUGUUGAGAGCUUUCAGGAAUGGGAAUUUGGGGAAGCUAAUGCUUGAUGAAGAUUUGUUAUGAAUUUUUAGCUAAUAUAUUAAUCUUAGAAUGUGCUUAUUCAUUCUGAUUAUUCCAACAAAAAUAAAUAAUUGUCACUUUGAUU